AUGACGGUGUGGGCACUUGAGGUGAGGUUGGUCACCGUGCAUUCACUCGGUCCAAAGGUGGCAACUUGGUGCUCAGGUUUUUCAGAUUGUGCCGAGGUUCUCCAACUUCAGUACGGGGUUCUCCACCUUCGGCGUCAGGUUCUACAAACUCGGUGGGCGGUUCAGUAACUUCGGAGUCAAGUUCUCCAACUCCUUGCCGAGGUUGCCAAUGGUUCAAAACCAGGGGUCGGGUUGCGCACGGUUCGCUUCGUUUACCAAGGGUGGAAGACCGGUCGAAAGAAUUUGCACUCCUGAAACCUCCUUGAUACGGUGGACACGAUCAUAG